AUGUCGCCUGACUGGUGGACGCUGCCGCUGCCGCUGCCGCUGCUGCUGCUGCUGGUGGUGGUGGUGGUGGUGUGGUGGCGCCGCUGGAGCAGACACUUUGCGCGCCAGGGGGCUCCGUCCCUGCGGCCGCUGCCUUUCGUGGGGAACAUGCUGCCACUGGCGUUCCGCAAGUUGGCCAUGCACGACAUCGUCAUCCAGCUGUACCACAAGCUCGACCCUCACGCCUACGGAGGAUUCUUCCUGUUUUCUGUGCCACUCGUAAUGAUAAGAGACCCUGAAAUCAUACGGACGGUCACUGUUAAAGAUUUUGACCACUUCACAGACCACUUUGUGCUUUUCGGCAACAGUAAACAUAAUCCAACGUUGCGGCGGAUGCUGUUUUCGUUGAAAGGUAGAGAGUGGCACGACAUGCGGUGCACCCUGAGCCCAGCUUUCUCUUCGAUGAAGAUGAAGAACAUGUUCUUACUGAUGACCGAGAUUGGACACCAGAUGGUCGAGUAUUUGACGAAGAAAACAGCGGAGCAUGAGAUUUCUUCUGGCGGGGAAGGCACCCUCACCCUGGAGAUGAAGGACUUCUUCACACGCAUGACCAACGACAUUAUUGCAACCACAGCAUUUGGAGUCAAGGUGGACUCGCUUUCGGAGCCCAAUAACUCUUUCUACACGAUGGGUCGUGAUCUCACCACCUUCAGACCGACGGUCGCUUUUGGAUACCUGAUAUCACCGAAACUAAUGGAACUACUGCGCAUACCAUUCUUGGACCCAAAGGCCGUGGACUACUUCACGUCCAUAAUCUCAGAAACUAUUCGAACGAGAGAGAAACACGGAAUCAUUCGCCACGACAUGAUCCAUCUAAUGAUGCAGGCGCGACGAGGCGAACUAACAUCGCAGGAAGAAGAGGUAAACGGAACCACGGAAGUCAAAGGAAAGCCACCCCUUACCGAUGAAGACGUGACGGCGCAGGCGGUUAUAUUCUUCUUCGGCGGCUUCGAUACCGUUUCGUCUCUGAUGGUGUUCAGCAGCUACCUGUUGGCCACGCAUCCGGACGUGCAGCGGCGCCUACAAAGAGAAGUGGAUGACGUCAUGCAGAAGAGCGGCGGCCAGCCCAGCUACGAGGAGGUCCUGGGAUGCCAGUACCUCGACAUGGUGCUCUCCGAGACCCUGCGCAUGUACGCGCCGCUGCCGUCCCUGGACCGCCAGUGCGUCCGCCCCUACAGGCUGCCGGCGGCGGGGAGGGGGAGCUGUCCAGGGCUGGAGCUGCGGCCCGGAGACGGGGUCUGGCUGCCGGUGCACGCCAUCCACCACGACGAGAAGUACUUCCCAGAUCCCGACCGCUUCGACCCGGAACGCUUCAGUCCGGAGAACAAGCACCUCAUCAAACCGUUCACGUACUUUCCGUUCGGCUGUGGACCACGUUUCUGCAUUGCUCAGAGGUUCGCACUGAUGGAGACAAAGGUGGUACUGCUACACAUGCUGUCCAAAUUCAGCCUGCAAAUAGUUCCCAAGACUCCAGUGCCGCUCAAAAUUCAGCCAAAGCCAAAUCUCUUGAUCCAAGGUGGCGCUUGGCUGGGUCUUCGACGCCGAACUUGACUGAUUGAGUGCAGAAACGAAACUUAGUCUAUGGCGACCUCAGCAGUGUGUCACAUUAAGCGUAAUGUACAAGAGAAACCGAAAGUUAAUGUCACUUAUUGAAAUAUUUACUUGCUGAAUCAAAGAAAAGUUUCAUAAUAUGCCGUUAGCCAGGGAUAUUCGAAGUAUAGAAUACCGCCAUAUUAUUCACUCACAUGAGUUUUCGAGGUAAUUAGUUUUCUUGCUUCCAGACCAGAUAUUCCUGAUUUGACAAACAUCUUUGUUAAUCCAGAAUGAGAUUUUCACUCUGCAGCGGAGUGU